AUGGCUCUCACCUUUGCUGAAGUCACCACCUCCCCUCACGUUAGCAACCCAGACUGGGUUCGUGGAGCUGAGACUGCCCUCCAGCGCUUACAAGCAGACAUCGACGGAAUGCACAGGCGUAUCCUGAUGAGCCCAACUGAGGAGGCUUCCAGUGACAGCGACGAUGACGCUUCCUACGAAAGCUUGACUGAAACCCAAGUUGACAAUCUGGAAAGCUCUUCCGUCCCUGAUGGUAUUCUUCAGAUCAACAAGCGCAUCAUGAACUUGCUGCUGCAAGUGUGGAACGUCGAGCUGAAUGACUUGUUCGAGGAGCAGAGGGCGAAACUUGGAUUCCAGAUCCUGAUGGUGGUGAACGACUGGGAGAUCUUGAAGGAGUCUAUCGGAGAGGCCGAGAGUUGA